AUGUCGACGAAGAAGAUUCUAUUUAUUUUAUCAUCUCAUGGACAAUUUCCUAAUGGACAUCCCACUGGUUGGUAUUUACCAGAAGCAGCUCAUCCAUAUUAUGUAUUAGAACCUCAUUUUACCAUCGAAUGGGCAAGUCCAAAGGGAGGAAAAGCUCCACUAGAUCCUUCUUCAGUUGAAAAUUUCAAAGAUGAUGCUGAAUGUAAACAAUUUUUAGCAGAUGAAAAAGCCAAACAAGGUUAUGAAAAUACGAAAAAAUUAAGUGAAGUUAAUGCAAAAGAUUAUGAAGCGAUAGUUUAUGUUGGUGGACAUGGUCCAAUGUUUGAUUUACCAGAAGAUAAGACAAAUAUUCAAUUGGCUGAAGACUUUUGGAAACAAGGGAAAAUUGUCUCAGCUGUUUGUCAUGGCCCAGGAGCGAUUGUUAAUGUUAAAGAUGAAAAUGGUAAACCAAUUGUUAGUGGAAGAAAAGUAACUUCAUUUGGGAAUGAAGAAGAAGAACAAAUCAAAUUAACCGAUGCCAUUCCAUUUCUUCUUGAAACACGUUUGAAAGAAUUAGGAGGAAAAUUUGAGAAAAAUGAAAAACCAUGGGGAGCACAUGUUACUGUUGAUGGACAACUUAUUCUUGGUGCAAAUCCCGCAUCAGCUCAUGACUUUGGCGUGGCCAUUCGUAAUGCUAUUAACAAAAAAUAA